AUGGAGCAGUUGAAGAAAGAGUACCAGGAAGGUGUAGCCAAGGGCGAGUGGGCAGAGAUGGGCUUCGACAAGUUCUUCCAGAUCUACAUGAAAUUCGACGAACAAGCCUGGGACAAGGCUUACGAGCGACAUAUUGGCUCCAUCGAGGGUGAAUACGACAUUAAAGAGUACAAAGCAAUGAAGAAAGACAUGCACGCCNNAAAGGGGGAGAGAGGCGAGAUCCCCCACAUCGCCAAUAUCAACGACUACUUGUACUGGAAAGAGAUUGACAAACAGAGAGCCAAGAUCAUUGAAAAGUACAAGGCCGACUACAAGAAGGAACAGCAACAGCAGAAGAGGCAGCAGGGAAACGUCAGUGCCAUCAGCUCCCCGGUCAAGAAAGCGCAGAACACCAUCGUUAAUGCGAGUCCAGUGAAGAAAGCCCAGGAUGCGUUGACGAGGAGCAGAUCGAAGAGUCCUGAGAAGAAGAUGUUGAGUAAUGAUAGUGGGUAUCAGGCUGAUAAUGAGCAGCAAAGUGUUAUGAGUAGGACUUGGGAGCUUGCUGCUAAUGCUGUCGAGGCUAUGAGGAGUGCGGUUAACUCGGAGUAA